UUUUUUUUUUUAUAUUUUUUAUUCGUGAUAAAUAAAAAAAUAAUUAAAAAGGAUUUUAAUAGAAAAGAAAACAAAAUUAAAGAACAAUAAAAGAGAAAAUAAAAAUUUUCGGCUUUUCGCUUAACAAGUGGAUUAUUUAAAUUUCAUAAUAAGGGCCGAAACGAAUAAUCGAAUAAAGUGAAAUAUGAAAAUUGAAAUUCUUCUUAUUACAAUUUUUGUUGCUGUAACAAUUGCAGCACCACAAAAAUCUGAUAAAGAUGCACAAAUAAUUAGUCAAGAUUCAAAUAUUGAACCAGAUGGAUCAUAUCAAUAUAGUUAUGAAACUGAUAAUGGUAUUAAAGGUGAAGAAACUGGUACAUUAAAAAAAGCUUCAUCACCAGAUACAUCUGAUGUUAUUAUAUCACAAGGUUCAGUUAGUUAUACAGCACCAGAUGGCACAUUAAUAUCAUUACAAUAUUCAGCUGAUGAUGAAAAUGGUUUUGUACCACAAGGUGAUCAUUUACCAACACCACCACCAGUACCACCAGCAAUACAAAAAGCUUUAGAUUAUUUAUUAAGUUUACCACCACAGCGUCGUCGUCGUUAAA